CCCAUGUUCUGCAUUUCACUUAUUGUGAAUACACUUUGCGAAAGUGAAUUUGGGUGUUCCACAAUUCGUUAUUGUGAAUUGGAUUUUCGAACAUGAAAAUGGAUGUUCUGUAUUUCGGUUUGUUCCAUUUUUUGAACGCAUUGAAAUCACAUUUUAUAUUUCUGUGAAUUGUAUUGUCUGCCAUACAGUUGCAAUUAGUUUGUUCUUUCUUUAGCAUUAGCUUGAAAUUUUCUUCGUCUUCCUGCAAAAUGGGAAAACAUAAAAAUAUACGACAGGAGAAGGUAUUCCUGAAAUGGAUGGAGGAUCAUCCGAUCAUAGCAAGAGGCUUCUCAAGCGGAGACAAAGCCCACUCCGAAUCAUUGUGGGCUAAUCUGUCCAGUUCCUUAAACAGUGAGGGACCGCCAGUAAAAGACGUAACUGGAUGGAAGAAGGUAUGGUCCGACUGGAAAUCCAACAUACGCAAAAAACUGGCACACAACAAAAGGGAAGCCAAAGCAACAGGUGGAGGAGGAAAUAAUGUUCUUCCAAUUUCUGCCAUUGAAGAUGGAAUUGCAAAACUUACGGGUAUCUACAGUGUUAUUGAUGGCAUCAAAGGGACUUCCACUUUUGGUGGAUCUUUUAGUGAUUCAGCUCCAAAAUUGAACAACUCACAAAAAAUUGAAUCGCCCGUAAGUUCUUGCGAUGAAAAUGAAGCGCAAAAAUAUGCUAACAUGACAGUCGACUUUAGCUGUUAUAUUGAAGAAGAUUUACCAGAACCUGAACCACAAAAAACAAGAAAAAAUGUAGAGAGGCCAGAUAAAAUUUUUAAAUACAUGGAAGACCAAAAAGCCACUUUGAAGACGAUUGCAACAGAUAUGACUGAAUCCAUUGAAAUAUCCAAGGAAAAUAAAACUAGCCUAAAAAGAUGUUAUCGUGCAAUUGAGAAACUUUGCGAUGUUUUAAAAGAACAAAACGUUGAGCAAAAAAGAUAUAAUACGGAAGCUUUAAGACUUCAUGCUGAGAAGAACGAAAUUAAGAGAAAACGUCUUGAAAUAGAGGAGAUGAAACUUAAUUUAGAAAACUAAAAUAAGUAAUGUAAUGAUCUUUUAUUAUUUACAUACAUAAGUACCUGAAGUACCUUUUUGUUUUUUAUUAUUUUAGUACCUGAAGUUCCUUUUUGUUUUUAUUUAAGUAUUUAAUAAUA